CUGUUGCUUAGUUAAUGGUGUCAAAACGUGAUCUUGUAGUAACUUCAAUCCAGUAUCAAACUUGUUUUGGAGGUGCCUGAAUAAUUCUGGAAGGAAAAUCGUGUCCAAGUUUUUCGAUCUUUCUUACCUCGUCGCGUGGACAGUGCGGUCGUUCUCUUCCUUUGUUUUAGAUUCAUCUGCCCCGUCGUAAAUUUCCGUCGUCAAAAUGAAAAGUUUUAUUGAAUACGGGCCAGAAUGUGAGUUUCCACUCGAAAACUUGCCUUAUGGAAUUUUCUCCACGACGGACAACCCCAAGCCGAGGCCCGGCGUGGCAAUAGGUGAUCAAGUGUUGGAUCUUGGAGUCAUCAAAAGCCUGUUUUGUGGACCUUUGAUGUCCAAAAGUUCACACGUGUUUGAUGAGGAGAGUCUAAAUGGAUUAAUGAGCCUUGGGAAAUCAGCAUGGCUAGAGUGCAGAGAGACACUUCAGAAAGUACUUUCCGCCUCAGAAUCCGUCCUCCGGGAUUCUCCACUUCGACACACAGCUUUUGUUCCGAGUUCGAAGUGUAGGAUGCACCUUCCAGCAAAAAUUGGAGACUAUACGGAUUUCUAUUCAAGUAUUGAUCAUGCCACCAACGUUGGAACCAUGUUUCGAGGAAAAGACAACGCUUUGAUGCCCAACUGGAAGUACCUCCCCGUGGGCUACCAUGGGAGGGCGAGUUCAAUUGUGGUAAGUGGGACACCCAUUAGGCGCCCCACGGGUCAAUCCUGUCCUGUUGAUGACAAACCUCCUAUUUUUGGACCAUGUAAACUACUCGAUUUUGAGUUGGAAAUGGCAUUCUUGGUCGGGACCGGAAACCAAUUCGGAAGUCCGAUUCCAAUUUCCGAGGCACAGGACCACAUCUUCGGCUGCGUCUUGAUGAACGACUGGAGUGCGAGAGAUAUUCAGAAAUGGGAAUACGUUCCACUUGGCCCAUUUUUGGCGAAAAAUUUCGGAACCACAAUUUCGCCAUGGGUCGUCACCCUCGCUGCGUUGGAACCAUUUCUCCAACCCAAUUACAACCAGGAUCCGAAACCAUUCCCAUAUUUGGUGCAUGAUGAUCCUUUCACCUUUGACAUUCCCCUCACGGUCUCCAUCAAGCCCGAAACUUCGCCGGAGGAAACGACCGUAUGCAAAUCCAAUUUCAAAUUCAUGUACUGGACAAUGAAACAGCAGUUGGCUCAUCACACGAUAACCGGUUGCAAUACAAAUCCCGGAGAUUUAUUGGCCUCCGGGACAAUUUCCGGUCCGAGUGAGGAUUCUUUCGGAUCGAUGCUGGAGCUGUCAUGGAGAGGUAGCAAACCAAUUCCAAUGAGUGAUGGGUCCACGCGCACCUUUCUGAAGGACGGUGACGAAGUUGUUAUCAGAGGAGCGGCUCAAGGAAACGGCUACAAGGUUGGGUUUGGAAAAUGUAGUGGAGUCGUGUUGCCUGCAAUUUCUCAUUAAUUACAUGUUACAUGUUUCGAGAUUUGUUCUAAUUUUGGGUUUCUUUCAUCUUGUGAGAAGAUUCAUUGUGUGCUGGUAUAUGGAUGAGCGUAAUUGGAAAAAAUUCUAUCUAUAUGUUUGGAAACUCCCAUUUCCUGUGUUUCUUGUUGCAAGUAGGAAUGCAUGGUUUAAUUAACGGAUUGUUAUUUGACAGAUAGUUAAAAAUACUAAUUAUAUGUUUAUUUGAUACCCAACAAUGUAAUACAAUCAUCAUUAUGAAUAAAAUCGAGUGAAAAAUUCAUUAA